ACCUCUAGAGGUCUCUUCUCUGAGUCGCAAGCGAGAUGUCGUCGCCACUACCCAUCUUGUUUACAGCGUUGUCGUACUACUUGUCAGUGCAAACGACACUCGGCGACAACAACCCUGGCACGACACCCAACAUUCAAAAUAUCUUCAUCGGUCGUUGCUAUGAUUACGAGUUGGUCAAGUACAAAACCUUAUUGCCUCCGAUAACUGAAACCUGUGAGAAUCUUUGGACCAAGUUCAGCGCCAGUUUUUCUUACAUGGCACCAUGUGACGUCACAAUGAACCAUUAUGACAGUUACAUGCUAGCGGCCUCACAAAAGAUUCCUGUCAACAAGACUAUGUUCUGGUCCGGGGUCAAGGAGCUGGUCCACGAGUACGCGGCCAACGGACAGCGUUACGUCACGCUGGAGGACACCCUGAUUGGCUACCUGGCGGAGGGUCUGGUGUUCUGUGGCCAGGAGAGCGCUCCUGGCAUGAACUACUCACGCUGCCCCUCCUGGUGGGAGUGUCCCUUCGAGGCUGGUGAGGCCUUCUGGGCCCACGCCUCACAGACGUUUGCGUCGGCCGCCAGUGGGCAGGUGACGGUCAUGCUUGACGGGUCCAGCACAGGUAAACCUGCAUACCGCCAGGACAGUUUUUUCGGCAAGUACGAGCUACCAUACCUCAAGAAGGGCGUGGUGACUAACGUCCGAGUUUUUCUAGUGCACGCGCUCGACGCUCCUAUGAGCGAAACCUGUCUGAACGGAUCACUAAAACUGUUGGAGGAAGAUGUAGUGAGCCGAGGGUUCUCGUUUUCUUGUUUGGACGACCCACUGGCGAUCCUUCAUUUGCUGUGCGUAGACGAGCCCGCAGAUCGCGAGUGUAAGCUGGCAACUGACCACGUGACUUCCGGUGGUCGUUUAGCCUCCCACAGCUUUGCUCUGACUCGCCAACCGCUGAUCAUCUCAGCCAAGCUGGACAGGUUCGAUGGUUUGCCUUCAAGAGGAUGAGACGAGGAAAACGAUUGGCCCACCUUUCUUUUUUUUUGUUUUUUUUACCCCCAUGGGGGUGGCGUGUGAAAAAUUUGUGUGAGGUAAUUCUACCUCACGGUGCAGCGAUGAUUAAAAAAAAACAACAA